ACAACUUUCUAGCCGAGAUUUCAUUAGAACCUCGCACCGGUGGGGGCUCAGUGGCAUUUUGCGGGUGACAGUUAACGCCGAACGCUACCGCGCGCUUACCGAGGAUAACCGGAUAUUUCAUAAGCACAAACUGAUUGACAGUGAAAAUGAUUUUGAUCCUAACUCGUAAAUGAUUUGAUAUCGGCGACGGCUUAAUUCUGAGGUAUUUUUUGUGGGACAUAUUUGCCAAGAUGAAUGCCACGAACUGUACAAACUGCUCCGACCUGUCCUUCGAGACACCAGAAACAGCCAUGUAUCUUGUCGUUUACAAGACUCUAUACCUAUACAUCCUACCAAUCAUCGUGUUUGUUGGCUUGUUUGGCAACCUGAUGUCCAUCUAUCUGAUAGUUGUUGACAAACCAAUGCGCAAUGUAUCAUCAAGUAUAUUCCUUAUGUCUCUGCUUGGGGCAGACACAGGGAUGCUUCUUUGUCUGCUGCUGGUCUGGUUGGAGACUCUUGGUUAUCCUCUCAAUCACCUGCCGGCGGUCUGUAGAAUCAACGUCUAUUUAACUUACGUGUGUGGAUUUUUGUCUAUCUGGUAUGUUGUUUGCAUCACAGUGGAAACCUUCAUAACGAUAUGCUAUCCAACAAAAAUUAAACAAAUGUGCACAUUGUUUCGCGCUCGGAUCGUAACCUUGGUUCUUCUCAUUACGGCCCUUGGAUUGUACGUCAUUGCUCCUUUGAUUAAUAAGGUUCAGGAAGGAGAAACUGGUCGUCCCGAGUGUCGCUCCGUGGAUAAGUACGCAAAGUACAACCAGGUUAUCUUCUACACAGACAGCGCUUUAACUCUCGUUGUCCCAUUUUUCCUGUUGAUCAUAUUACUGGCAUUCAUGACAGUUGCCAUAAUGCAAUCGAUUCAGAAGAAGCAACAACGAAGCCUGAAGAAGACAAACGAGAACGGAACACAGACUAAUCUGAUCCGAAGACUGCCACAAGUGCGUGUUGCGAAGAUGUUGUACAUUUUGUCAGUGAGUGUCGUGUUUCUGAAUGCUCCAAGUCACUUUUUCAAACUUAAAUCAUUGAUUACAAACGCAAACAUACUUGGUUACACAGAAGGACUAAUUUACCUUAUCUGUAUGUUUAUAAGUUACACCUCGUUUGCCAUAAAGUUCUUCAUUUGUAUUGCUUGCAGUAAGAAUUUUAGAAAGUUGUUUUUCAUGUAUUGCUGUUGCUGGCAAGCCGGUAGAUACCACAGUAUUCCACAGCAAACAAUGGAAACGGCUACUUGAACACUACUUCGCAUGAAUUGACGACUCAAUGGCUUUAAGAUGUUUUAGAUGUAAAAAGAUGUUUUAAAGGGAAUAACCUUUAAACGAAGGUGCCAUAUACACAUUAGUGAUAUAGACGGUUUUUCGGUCUCAUCAUUUAAGUAAAUAAAAUAUUUCUUAAAUAUGAAUUCAUUAUAAAAUGUAUUGCUUUAGUUUUCUGUUAUAAAUAUAUACUAUAGAUUCCUCAUUUGUCUACAGUUGUAUUAUAUUUAAACGUGUACUAUUCCGAAUGUUUAUUGCUUCAGUUUUAGCAGUAAAGCACAUUUAAAGGUGUUAUGUUUUCUCAUUUCCUUAAAUUGGCAUGUUUGUUUUCGGUGAAGCUGUAGAUAUUAAAUAUGAAUAAUGGUUCAUGUAAAACGCAGUGUUUUGACGUAUUAACUGUUAUGCGAAUGGGCACCAAAUGUGAAAAUGUAAAUACAUUUUAGUGUUUUAAAAAAUGAUCUGAUUUAUGUCAAUUUUCUAGUUAUGAAUGAAGUAGACAAAAUAUACUUUAAACCCGAUGCAUACCUCUCUUCUGAAGAAGUUUUGUUAUUGGAACACAUCAGUCUGAAGUCAUAAGCUUCAGGAGAUUACCGAGUUGUUACUAGUGUUUCACAAAUUUAUUAUAAGUCAAAUGCGCACGAUUCUUAUUUUUUUAUAUAUAGCGAUUGCUGUUUCUUUGAAUAGUACUACAAAAUACAAAAAAAAGAUGAAAUUAUAUGUGUAUAAACCUAUCGUUCUAGUUAUUCAUGUAAAUUUCUGCUGUGUUGUGUUGAGUUUAUUUCAUUUAAACAUACCGCAAACAUCAUUUGUUAAGCGUCGUGUAUCUUUUGGUAAAUAUUUUUAUUGUAUUCGGAAUGUACAACUGCAUUUGAAUAUUUGUAUUUGAUGUCCUUAUUUUACUUUAGAUUUAUUUGCUUCAAACUAAUCGUUAUAUUUUGCUUGUAACAUCAUGAAAAACAGAGUUGUGUUAAUUGUUUAUAUCAAAUGAAUAAAUGUAUAUAUCUGA